AUGGGCUCCGUGUCGGAGGAGCUUAGCCUGGUCCCCCUGCACCAGAGGCCGGAGCUGAUGGAGGCCUGUGCCCAGCUGCUCGGCGAGGAGUGGGGGAAGAGCCGGGCAUCACGGCUCCACUCGCUCCAGCGCUCCUCGGACGCCUUCCCCACCUGCCUCGUGCUGCUGCAGAGCUGGGGCCCCUCAGAGCUCCCCACCGCAGAGAAGAGCCCCUGCCAGCUCCUGGGCCAUGUCCGUCUGUCCCGUGUGGCUGGCCACCCACAUAGCCUCUUCGUGGAGAGCGUGGUGGUGCCCAAGGCACUGCGGGGCAAGGGCUACGGGAGAAAGCUGAUGGAGGCCACAGAGCGGUACGCCCAGGCCCGGGGCUUUCACCGCCUGCACCUCACCACCCAUGACAAACAGCACUUUUAUGCCCACCUGGGCUACACCCUGGCAGAGCCGGUGCAGACCAUGGCUUUCCUGAGCCCGGGCAUCUCUGCAGAGGUGUUGCGGAUCUUCUCUGCCCACCCCAGCCUGGCUGCCGGCACCCCUGGGAUGUGGGUGCCAGUCGCCACUCAGCCUUCCCUGCCAUCCACUGCGGUGCCACCCCCACCCCCGCUGCCUCCGCUGAGCUGGGUGAGGGGUGCCCCAGCCAAGAGCGGCGGGCAGAACCUCCUGAAGAGCCCCCACUGCGAUGCCAAAGGCCUGCCCAUCUUCUGGAUGAAGAAGGACAUUUGA